GAUCAACAUAGCUUGUCAGUACUCAUUUAAUGUGAUAUGAAAACCAGCAGAAUUAUUUCUGGCAUUGUGAAAUAAGGUACAUCAUAACACGUGUCUGUCAUAUUGGCCUGUGUAAUAUGGUUCAUGUAUGCUCCCGAGGUGUCCUAGUGCCCGCAAUUUUAUGACUACUCACGAUCCAUAUUUGGUUGGGAAAUGAUCUGCGAGGGGGAUAGAAAACACACCUUCACAUAAAUUGCACAACUAACUGCACAAAACACCGCCCAAAGUACAUACAAGUUACAUUUUAUGUUUUUCUUCCUUUGCUUAUUUAUUAUUAAAAUAAGUACACCCCCUCCCUCGCAACACGGUUUGUUUUGUUCCCACCAGGGUUCGGAAUCGGUUCUCUACCCUGACUGAGCGAUGCAGACUAGCCUAGUACUCACUGCCGUGUAUCAAAUUGCAUCAUUCUAGAAGCGUUCGUCAUGUCCGUAGUUAGGAAGCCAUGUCCACUUUUCCGCGAAAUGCUCGGGGGUCCUUAAACAUGCCGCGCUCACAUGCUAUUACGCAUACCGAAAGCAGGAAGGGAUCCCAUAGCAUUUUGAAUUGAGCGAUGCUUCUGUGAACUAGGGCAGGUCAACUGGCGUAUCAUAACAGGGCAGAUUUAUUAUUUAUUGAGAAGAAGAUGGCGGAGUUCUCACCGGUCCUUCAGCUGCGGGAUGGAGACGGUCGGUUCGGACAACCUGUCUUUCCCAGGUCACGUUCCGGCUCGGAAUCCGAAAGUGAGCUUUCGCAGAGCCUGGCACGCACCAAGACCCGCUCUUAUGGCAGCACGGCCAGCGUCACCGCUCCUGUGGGAGAGAAAUACAUCGAACACAGAGUCACGGACAGUGACACGCUGCAGGGAAUAGCGCUCAAAUACGGCGUGACGAUGGAACAGAUAAAGCGGGUUAACAAGCUUUUCGGAAACGAGUGUAUAUUCCUGCGGAACAGUCUGAACAUUCCGGUGGUGUCAGAGAAAGCGUUCAACGGACUGAUGACAUUGGAAUCUCCAGAAAGUGAGACCAGUGACAGCUGUAUGCCGCACGAGGGACCUGUUGUGACUUUGGAUAGAGAUGAAACGUCAUCCUCCUCGCCCUCGCCCACUCCCACACCUCAGGACCCUAGCUCGCGCCCCUCUCAGCCCGAGGAACUUUCGGCCAAGGACUACUUACACAGACUGGACUUGCAGAUUAAAAUGUCAAAGCAGGCUGCCAGGAAACUCAAAGAGGAGGAUAUCAGUUUUCGGGUUGAACGACAUGUUUCCUCGAAACGGUGUGCAACGGGCUUUGAGGUACGUUUUCUCUCGUUUGGUGGGUGUGUCAGAGGUGUUACCCAAUCAGUAGCGACGUGUAUAUAAACCCCGCGGUAUUAGAAAGGAAGUGCGCGCAAUAGAUCCAACUGAAGUCCUAAUGCGUCCACUGCAGCUUGGUGUAUGCAACAAUUGAAGACAUUAGAAGACAUGUUUGUCAUAAGUAUUUUAUAGUAUUAAACACGUAUGUAAACUGAUUUCAUCAGGCUCCGAAAAUUCUUCGAAAAGAACGCAAAGAAUGGCCUUCUCAGCGGCCAUAGUUGCAACGCUUGCGUAACACAACAGGGCGUUCAACGCACAACCGUUUCCGUUUAAAUAAAUGUUUUGCUACGUUUUGUCGGGACUGAACGACCCCCAGACCUUUGUAAUCUUUGUUAUACAGCUCUUUUAUAGUGUUACCAAUUAUUUAACGACUCUGGAGCUAUAUACUACUUCCCUCAAGCGGUUCCAUCCCUCAGCUGUGAUUCCUUCUGUAACUGUUGCCCUGUCUGCUUUCCAUCUGUCCGACUAAAGUAACGAGUACAAAAAUAUGUGCGCUCCUUUAAAAAUAAAAAAUAAAAAAGUGUGCUCUGAGUAGGCAUGCAUGCACGUCCAGUGACUAUUUUACACGCUGCAUCUGACACACAGUACUAGAGGAGAGGAAGGGCAUAUAUCUCAACGAUGGCAGCUUUUAGCCUGUAUGUAUCAUUGAAUGGAGGUAAUAUAGUAGUUUAGUUAUGUUGACUGACAUACAUUCACCCUCUCCCUUGUCCUGCAGCUGCACACAUUUAGCAAGAGUCAGCUGAUGUCAUAGCCAAGACUGAAACCUGCAACAGUGGUGUUUGCUUUUAUGGACUGGGCCACUUUGGAUGUAGUGUGACUGUUCUGUGACAUUUUUGUGAUGUCACAGUCAUCACAUGCUGUACACCCGUGUUACAGAGCAUUUCAUUGGCCCGUGACAGGGUCACAUUGUCCAUUACAUUAUAUUACACACCCUCCAACCCCCUCACUUAACAUGCUAAUUACAUAGGCCAAUUGCACAUUGAUACUACUGGUUCACUGCUAUGUUUAAUUGUAAAACAACAGUGUCACAUUUAGACUCCAACUCAGAAGUUACAGUUAACAGGUCUGACUCCAAGUUCAUUUUUAGGCUCUGUGCAGUUUAGCCUGGAUCCUCAAAGUAAGAAUGAGACAUGACUCAAGGUUUCCACUGUAUGGAGUGUCAUGUGUGAUCCAUGUAAUGGAUUAUAUCUGUUAUUUUUUCCAGUGAAUAUGUACAAGGCAGCCAGUAUGUGGGCAUUUCAGUAAUUAAGUCAGGAAAAUACGCAUUUAUAUUUUAAAUGAGAUGAUGAAAAGUGGUUGGACACCUGACUACUGUAAGACACUGGACGAAUUUUGACCUUGUCUGUAUAUCAGUCACUUCACAAGUGAACAUAAUUACAGCCAAGUGAAUUAUCCAGAAAACUGCUGUAAAAACCAUUCCCCAAACCUUCAAGAGAAGAAUAUGUAGCAUUUGCGCAGAUUUCAGUAUGGAAGACCAGAAAAAACCCAUUAUAAACCCAGAAAUCAGUUUGUUAUGAAACCAGCCAAAGUGGUAGUGUUACUGAAGUUCUUGGGGGAGAAGUGAAUCAGCUUCUUUCAGUGUCUCUGUGUUUUUAGACUGGCUCACCUCCCUCCCUGUGUGAGAUGGGGUGUAUUUGCCCCAGUCCUGCACAGGUCUGCCAGCCAUGUCCUGGAGGGCGUGGCCUGUUCCAGGGGCUGGGAGACGCUGUGCCCGCAGCUGGUGUCUCUGGCUGUGUUUUUGGUGGUCAAUCUGUGCGGACGCAGCACAGAUGCACUGAUCUCUGCGACACCCGGAUGGCACAUCCCAUCUUGUGUCAUUGUGUCAGCCAAUCCACGUUACGUAAAGAUUAGAGUCUGUGCAGACACCACCACAGCCUGAAACCCAGGGCUUGCAUUUCUUGCAGGAUCAAUGCGGCGCGGUUUGCUGUGCAGUGCGAAAGAUCAACAGAUUUGUUGGAGUCUGUGGAUCAGCAAUAAAGUGGAUUUGAUUAAUUACGCAAGCCAUACAGGUGAUUCAACCAUGGGCCCUCUUUCUGCUGCAUGGGCAAGGGCUUUGUACCAUUCAGAAAAUUCUGAUUGGUCACAAUGGGGAAUCAUUUUAGAUAUGGCUGGAAUUGAAUGGGCCUGGGGGUGUGGAGGUUUUUAUCACCCCCUUAGUGUGCGUGUGUGUGUGUGUGCACGUGUGCAUGCGUGCGUGUAUCUGCAUUUGUGCGUGUGGGCGUGUGUGCAUGCACGUGUGUCUGCGUGUGCGUGUCCAUUUGCGUAUGUGUGCGGCCAUGUGCGUGCAUGCAUGUGUGUGCACGUGUGUUUAUGCGUUUCUAAAACUGAACAAUUUAGGUUCCAUUGUAACUGUGCACAGGAAGGGGUACAGAAAGUGGGUGUACCACGUAUGUGUGCACUCUGCUGAAACCGCACCUGCAGCGUUCCCCCUGCGUGCUGGUAGGAGCAGGAACAGAAUCAGAUUUUCCAGCUGGUAUGUGUGCAAUCUGCUGUGUGUGGACUAACAGCUCUGUGUCAAUAGUUAGUCACUUAGCGUCUCCAGACAGGGACUGUCCUUCAUCGCUGAGAUCUGCCGACUCUAAAGCACUGUCUUCCUGGUACAAAGUGUGGGUGUUUUAGACAAUAAGGAAAUGUUUUGUUGCGUUAUUAUAAAGCUCCCUUUGUGUGUGCUUGGUUCUCAUUGCUGAGAAGCUGACAUUUCCCAAAGCAAAGUGCGACUGCAACAGGACAGCUAUAGCUGGUGGUAGAUGCACCUCACAAGCACAGCAGACUGGGCCCUGUCUACUAAGCCAAGUAGCAACUGAAAAGUAAAAUCAGUGAUUGGAAAUUAGGUUUAAAAAAAGAAAGUUUUUAUUUUCUUUUAUUAAUAAAUUAAAACAUGUCACAAUUAUCACCAUGUCCUUCCAGAAUCUUGCAGUUCAGAUUGGAUGCCUGCGUUGGUAGGGUGGCAAUUGCUAGGCAAGAAAACAGAAAUAUUACCAAGCUGGACUCUUGCAAAAGGGCUGGAACUUGGUUGUUAUUGAUGAUCAUGUCACUUUCAAUAUUAAAAUGGAAGUACUGUGGUCAUUGGUACUUAACAAACUAGCAGUGAACAGUACAAUUAGCAAAGCAGUGGCUGUGGUAGACUGUGGCAGGCAGACUGUUUUGAAUAUAUCAUUUUAUUUUUUUAUUGUUUUUGUUCUCCUUAUACCGACCUUUCUGUGUAACCCGUUUCAUGCAUUUUGAACGUUUAGGGACCGUGUUGAUGAAUGUGUUGCCCAGUGUUUAGCGCGAGCGGGUCUGCGAUGAAUAAAUGAUCAGGAACACAGAGCAGCACAGAGGCGCGUGAUCGGGUUUGGCCUCAGCAUCAUCUGCAUCCAGCUCUCUCUCUCUCUCUCUCUCUCUCUCUCUCUCUCUCUCCCUCUCUGGCUCUCGAGAGCCCGUUCUUCUCGGCAGUCUAUUUAUAAAACAGCCGCGGAGGCGCGAAGAAAAGAGAGCGAAAGCGAGGGAGAAUAAAAGCGGUCACUCGAGGCGUAGCGUUUCCACCUGGGAGUCGUGAAAGCUCCGGCGAUGACGAGCCGCUGAGACACACAAAUGGAAAUUACGAGCGUAAUUGGGGAUUGUAUGGGUCUGGGCAGGAUUCACGGACUGUGCAGGAGGCCUGGUCACAUUUGCAAGGAGUUUAAUAAUUUAAUAAUGAUCUGGUGGUGAACGUGGUGCACACGGCCCUGCUCGGGACACCUGCCUCUCCUGUGAUGGCCACGUGGCCAGUGCCCUUUUCAGAGUGAGUUCUGGAAGGCUGGUCUAUGCUGCAGAGUGCAGGAUGGGAGGAUCACAUUGUGACUCAUUGCUGUCAGGAACAGCUCAUUCUUGGGGGUGGGGGUGGGGUAAUUGUAGAGAAAAACCUCAGUAAUGAAGGGUUGCGAUAAAAACUGUACAACCAGACAGAGCGUGGUGCAGCUGCACUGUAAAAUCACGUCCAGGGCAGCUCUCAGUGCUUAUAGUGUAUUUCUGAAAUAUCAUGCCAAGCUCAAAUGGACAAAGAUGUUGUCCACUCUGAGGAUCCAGAUAUUACCCCUCAAGGUCAGAAAGAGAGUUUGGCACUGAUCACGUGAACACAUAGCUGCCCACAAUGGGAUAAUUGCCAAGAGUGUUUUCUUUUCUUCCUCUUUAAAAUAUGGACUGUAGAACUGUGAUCUCAAAAUAUUGCAGACUGUUGUUUCAAAUCAAAUGCUGUAGAUGAUAAAAAUUUAACGAAUUGAAGUACUAAUGUGAGAGAAACUUUUUUUUCACCCU